AUGCGGGUCGCGACGUUCGAUUCCGAGCCGGAAGUUGCGGAGCUGUCGCUGGCGUUGGAGGAUGGCGUGACGAAGAACAGCAAGAAGGUCGCAACGAAGCUGGUGGAACGCGUGUUGAAAUUCCUAGAAAUGCCGUCGUCGGAGUCGGAUGUGCUUAAAGAGGAAGUGCAGCGGGAUCUGCUUGUAGCGGAGAAGGAGGAGCGGUGGAUGGACGUGGAUAAGCUAACGGAGUUAAAAACGCUCGUCAGCCUUGCGAGUAUUUCCAGUGAAGCGCCGAUCACGCAGACGUUUUCCCGCCUCGCGCUGCGGCUCCGGGAGGAGCUCGGGAUGGCGGUUCCGGAUAACUUUAAGUGCGCGAUGACGGGCGAGGUGAUGCGAGAUCCGGUUACCCUGGUCGAAACUGGCGACACGUACAAUCGCAACGCGAUCGAAAACUUUUUCGCGAAGGGGAAGCGCGUGUGUCCCAAGUCCGGGAAGCACCUCAAAAGCGUGGAGCUGGUCUGUAACGUGGAGAUCCGGAAGGGCAUAGAGGAGAGUUACGACACGCUGAACCGAAAGACGCUCGACGAAGCGUCGCGGAUAUUAAGAGACGGCAUGGAGCAACGAGCAUCGGAUGCCGCAGCAGCGGCGGAAGCGAGAGCAGCCGCGCUGGCCGCGGGGGGGGAAGCGGCGGAGGCGAUUCUGGCGGAGGAAGCGGCGAAGGCGGAGGAGGAGCGGAAGAAAGAGGAGGAGAAAAAAGCGGCGGCGAAGAAGAAAAAGAAAGGGCCGGAGCCGCCGCCGAAGGAGGAGCCGAAGGAGGCGAGCGGAGGGGAGAGGGAGGAGGAGGCGGUGGAGGCGAUGCAGCAGCUAUCGUCGCAGGAUAAGAAGUAUGCCGCGCAGCUCGCGGAGAUUGGUGCUGUGGUGCCGCUGGUGCGGCUGGUGACGGAGAGAGGCGCGGGGCCCGUGCGGGAGGGCACGGUGACGGUAUUGAGGAACAUCGCCAGCCUGGGAGAAGCAGAGGCCGUAAACAUCUAUAUCGGACGCGGGGGGCAUUCAGAGCCGGUGGGGGCGGUACGUCCACUCAAACACCGCCCCCACUUCUCCCCAUCCUUCCCCCCCGUCCCUUUCCCCCCACUUUCCCGUCUCCAGACAACUUUAUCGGACGCGGGGGGCAUUCCCCCAAUGAUCCACCUCAUCACGCACGAUACACCCGACGUGACUCCGGCCAUCCAGGUGGUAUUAGAGCUCUCGCGCUUCCCGGCGCUGCGGGGGGCGGUGACGGACGCGAUGGGGGUGGUGGAGAUGAUAAAGCUGCUCAACUGGCACCAGGAGGACGAGAAGGGCGCGCUGCUGGAGGCCGUGCUGGAGACGUACUGGCGCGACGACCCCUACGUCGCCAUUCAGAUGGCUUCUGUCGGCAUGUUCAAGCCGCUUGUGGUGCUGCUCGAACCAGAGAGGGAGGGUGCGUGGGGCGGGCAGCUGCGGGGGGCGGUGACGGACGCGAUGGGGGUGGUGGAGAUGAUAAAGCUGCUCAACUGGCACCAGGAGGACGAGAAGUGCGCGCUGCUGGAGGCCGUGCUGCAGACGUACUGGCGCGACGACCCCUACGUGGCCAUUCAGAUGGCGUCCGUUGGCAUGUUCAAGCCGCUCGUUGUGCUGCUCGAACCAGAGAGGGAGGGUGCGUGGGGCGGGCAGCUGCUGGGGGCGGUGACGGACGCGAUGGGGGUGGUGGAGAUGAUAAAGCUGCUCAACUGGCACCAGGAGGACGAGAAGUGCGCGCUGCUGGAGGCCGUGCUGGAGACGUACUGGCGCGACGACCCCUACGUCGCCAUUCAGAUGGCGUCCGUUGGCAUGUUCAAGCCGCUCGUUGUGCUGCUCGAACCAGGUGGGCUGUGGGUGUGUCGGAAGGAGGAAUGGGUCGCCAUUCAGAUGGUGGGACAGGCAGCGCGACGACCCCUACGUCGCCAUUCAGAUGGCGUCCGUUGGCAUGUUCAAGCCGCUCGUUGUGCUGCUCAAACCAGGAAUGGGUCGCCAUUCAGAUGGUGGGACAGGCAGCGCGACGACCCCUACGUCGCCAUUCAGAUGGCGUCCGUUGGCAUGUUCAAGCCGCUCGUUGUGCUGCUCAAACCAGGUAUCCCCUACGUCGCCAUUCAGAUGGCGUCCGUGGGCAUGUUCAAGCCCUCAUCGUCUCUCCCCCACUCGCCUAUCUUCUCCUCUCUCCCUCACUCCUCCCCUCCCGCCCUCCCCCCUCCAGAGAGCGACAUGGAAACCCGAAUGACGAUGGCAGACGGGGUCAUGACGUGGGGAGUCAACAAGGCCCACCGCGUCUCCCUCGUGCAGUGCGGGGUGCUUCCCCCCCUCGUCGCCCUGCUCAACGACGGGCCCCCAGAGGGCAAGGCCGCCGCCGCCAGAGCCAUAGAGCACCUCUCCCACACCGAUCUCAACCGCAUGGCUCUGGCCAAGGCGGGCGUGAUCCCCGCGCUCGUUAAAGCCCUCGCUCGCGGGUCGCCAGAGGUGAAGAAUGCCGCGCAGGCGACGCUCGCGAAUCUGGCAAUGGACGACCAGGAUUUGGACGCGCUGGACGAGGACGGGACGGCCGUUAGAUUGAUCACGAUGCUGCGGGCGGGCCCGCAGACGAACCGGGACUACGCGGUGAGAACGCUGGAGUGCAUGGCGAAGGAGAGCAAGUCCAUGCGGGCUGCGGUGAUGGAGGAUGAUGGGGCGGUUACCGCUAUUUUCGAGGUGUUACAGGAGAGUGCGUCGCACUUUGCGGCGGGGAGUUUGAGGUCGUCGGCGCUGCUGCUGCUGGGGCACCUUUGCCAGGAGCACAACGCAGCUGAGAUGAUGUGUGCUCCCCCAGAAGUAGUCAAGACUCUUGCUACUUUACUCGCUCGGCCGCUCCCCGGGGAGGAGCGGGAGGCGAUAGUGAUUGUGCUUGGGACGAUGGCGGGAAACAAGCAGAUGCGGCCGCUGGUGCGGGUAGAGGAGCAGGUGUUUACCCUCAUGCAGAAGUUUAUGAAUUUGAACCCGGGGGCGGGACCUGCCUCGUCGUCAGGUCCGGGGAGCUCCAAUGCUGCGAGCUCGGCUCGGUUGCAAGAGGCAAUCCUGUCUGGCUUGUCGAAGCUCGCCGAUCCGGAUGAUAUAGAAGCACAGCAGAUAGUGGCUCGGCUGGGGGUGAUUCAUUUGGCCGUGCAUUAUCUCAAGAUGGGGCCAGAUGUCAUGCGGAUCCCCUCUGCUGUGCUGCUAGGGAACCUCUCGCAUUCCACGCCGAAGCUGGUUGACCAAACCUCGCUCGACCGCAGGCUCGGCAAGGCCAUGACCUGGAAGCUCAACUUCUCCCGGUCCAACUCGAGAGCCUCGGCGAGCACCGGCGGGACAGGCUCGGGAGCCAGCCCUGUGACGACGGGAACAGACAAACUCCGAUCCUGCAAGGUGCACGGCGGGAAAUGCAGCCUGGAAUCCACGUUCUGCCUCGUCGAAGGCGACAUCGUCCCGAUCCUACUAGAGCUGGUUCGGCGGAGCGAGAAUCGGGUGGCGGAGGUGUGCCUAGCCUCGGUGGCGACCCUGCUGGAAGACGAAGGCGACCACGAGCGAGCAGCGGACCUCUUAGUCAAGCUAGACGUGAUUGAAGCGGCAGCGGGGGUGGUGGGGCGGACCAAGGAGCUGACCAAAUGGGCGGUGUUUAUCCUGGAGAAGGUGUUUGCGAUCAAGAAGUACCGGGCACCCAAGUACUCCCAGCCUGCAGUGACGGCGCUGGGGCGGUUCAUGACGACAGCCACGGGGCAGGGCAGGAAGACGGCCGCUGAGACGCUGAUGCGGUUGAAUAUUCUCCCCAAGGGGUCGUUUGACCUGUGA